AUGACAUCCAUCCGCUCUAUUACUAAGAAAACUCCUACUGCCAUUGCAAUGUUUAAUAUGGGUGGACCGUCUACGUUACCAGAGGUGCAGAGUUUCCUCACAAACCUUUUUACAGACCCAGAAUUGAUUCCCAUGGGUCCAAUGCAGGAUUAUGUUGGUCCAUGGGUGGCCAAGCGUCGUACACCUAAGAUUGUGGACCAAUAUGCUCAAAUUGGAGGUGGUUCUCCCAUUCUGAAAUGGACCAACAUUCAGGGUGAAAAUUUAUGCAAAAUUCUGGACGAGAUACGACCAGAAAGUGCACCACACAAGCACUACGUAUUCUUUCGUUAUGCCAAUCCAUUGACAGAGCAGUCACUGUUGCAGAUGAAGGAGGACGGUAUAACGCGUGCCGUAGCCUUUUCACAGUACCCACAAUGGUCAUGCACCACAUCGGGUUCGAGCAUGAACCAUUUAUGGCGUGAGCUAGACCGACUGGAUAUGAAGGAGGACUUUAAAUGGUCCCUUAUUGACCGAUGGAAUACACACCCGGGCUACAUUUCGGCUGUUGCAAACCGUGUCAAGAUUGGACUCGAGCAGUACGCGCCAGAAGACAGAGACAAGGUCAUUAUCAUGUUCUCUGCACAUUCAGUCCCCAUGAAGACCGUGUACAAGGGUGACGCGUACGUGAAUGAAAUUGCUGCGACGGCGGAUCGCGUGAUGAAGCAAUUGGCUGGAAAGAAUCCGCACAUUCUCAGCUGGCAGUCCAAAGUCGGUUACUUGCCGUGGAUGGGACCAAGCACCAGUGACGUGAUUAAGCACUAUGGAAAGCAGGGGCAUAAGUACGUUAUGGCCGUGCCCAUUGCCUUCACGUCCGACCACAUUGAGACGCUCUACGAGAUCGACAUCGAGUAUGGCGAGGAGGCCAAGGAAGCUGGCAUUACGAACUUUAAGCGGUGUCCGUCGCUGAACGAUGAGCCUCUAUUGUUCAAGGCGCAGGCUGACAUCGUGAAGCAGCACCUGGACUCAAAUGAGCUGCACUCGCCAGCGUACCCGCUCAACUGCGCACGCUGCACGAACCCCAUGUGCCGCAGCAUUGUGAAUCCUAUCAAACCUUACAAGAAGCUUUUGUAG